GGCGCUCUUGACCCGAUACCACGAAGGCGCCGUCGCGGGGCUCUGUUGUCUUCCUCUUCUCUCCUCGUCCUCCUCUCGCCGCCGCCGCCGCUCAUGUACCCGUCCGACGUCGCUCCGUCCGCCCUCCAGGAAACCACGCGCCAUACGACCUUCGCCAAGGACCGCUUCCCCAAUGUCGUCUGGGAGCUCUUAAACGAGCAUGGCAGCAGUGUCCUCAAUUCGGUGCAUCGGAGCUCGCCCACUUACCCCAGAAGACUCGCCAUGCCAUCGUCAAGGGUCUCGCCAAGAGGUCCAAUACCGUCCUAAAUGUCAAGCAAGAAGGUGGUUUCGACUGCCUCGAGCCUUGGGCUGCGACGGAAUUCGCUUCCGAACUGGAGCUUCCGUUGAAUGCGCUCGUCGUCGACGCUCAGCCGCGUCCGUCUCCGUGUCGCUCCUACGGACACUACGGCCAUCUACCUCGCCGAGGCACUCGUCGAUCGCCCGUGCAAGUCGAAGUAAUGCGCCUGCCGGAGGGGAUGACAGUCCAGACGGGAUGGGUAUCGGGGGCACUGCGUGCAACCAGCCGCUAAGUCCUGUCGCUCCUGCCUCGUCUCGUACGUGUGCGUGCGCGCUCGUCCCCUCCGCUCGUUUAUCUAGUCGCUUCCCACUCUCGGUCCUUCAUGAUCCGUACGCUCGCCGUUCCUUGACAAGAAUCCUCACCGAAAACCAGCAAUUGACCGCCCGUUGCGCCAUGGCCUUCAAGACCCGACACCCAUACUGCGCUGUUCCUCCGCCCGCUAGGCGACGCUCUUGUCUCGUCUCAUAGUCGUUCCUGCACGGUCGCCUCUUCUGCUCGUCAUCCUUGGGGCUCACCGCUGGUUCCCAGUUCUCGCGCUUUGAGCACUCGACGGGCUCGAUGCCAGAACUGCUUAGCCGCUGCUUGCUCCUUCUAGCAAGGAUCGUGUCCCGCGCUGAUACUGCGCCUGCAAUGUCGCUGGCGCAACGGAGGUUUCGUAGCCGCUAGUCCUUGUUGUCUUGCCUCCGCUGUGGCCCUUGUCAGACUCGCCUCCGCCGCCACUGCUUCCGCAUGCUUACAC